GGAACACUACUAGGCUAUAAGUCAAUCCUCUUCUGUAUUAUUUGUUAUAUAUAACUUUUUCUUUCCGAAAAAGUCAGCAAUAGAAGAAGGUGUUCAAAUAUGGAGAAAGCAAUUCAUAGACAGAGAGUUUUGCUUAAACAUCUACAACAAAAUCCUUCACAUUCAUCUUUUCAUCUUCAAUCCACUCAUCUCUCAGCCUCAGCAUGUGUUGCUGGCAAAUCUUCAUAUGGGAAAACUGAUGCUUCUGAAGUUGAUGAUAAUGAUGUGGUUAUCGUAGCUGCAUACCGAACUGCUAUUUGCAAAGCAAAGCGUGGUGGCUUCAAGGAUACCCCUCCGGAUGACCUACUUGCUUCAGUUUUGAAGGCAGUAAUAGAGAAAACAAAUGUGAAGGCAAGUGAAGUUGGAGACAUAGUUGUUGGAACAGUGUUGGCUCCUGGAGCUGACAAACUUGUUGAAUGCAGAUUGGCAGCCUUCUACGCUGGUUUCCCUGAGACUGUACCCAUCCGAACUGUCAAUAGAAUAUGUUCCUCUGGACUUCAGGCUGUUGCUGACGUGGCUGCUUAUAUAAAAUCAGGCUUCUAUGACAUUGGCAUUGGAGCAGGAUUGGAGUAUAUGACUCAAGAUAGUAUCAUUACAACGCUCCGUAACAGUAACCCAAAAGUGGAAACCUUGGCACAAGCCCAGGAUUUUCUUCUUCCAGUGGGAAUUACUUCUGAGAAUCUCGCACAACGUUAUGGUGUCACAAGGCAGGAGCAAGACCAAGCUUCCGUUGAGUCUCACAAGCGUGCUGCUGCUGCAACAACAGCCGGUAAAUUCAAAGAAGAAAUCAUUCCUCUUCCCACUAAGAUUGUUGACCCAAAAACUGGAGAGGAGAAGAAAAUUGUAGUGUGUGUUGAUGAUUGUAUCCGACCAAACACAACUCUGAUGGAUCUUGCAAAGCUUAAGCCUUCGUUCCAAAAGAAUGGAUCCACCACAGCAGGGAAUUCUAGCCAAGUUAGUGAUGGUGCUGCAGCAGUGCUGCUCAUGAAGAGAAGAGUGGCUAUGCAAAGAAAGCUCCCUAUUCUCGGAAUCUUCAGGAGUUUUGCUACUGUUGGAGUAGACCCUGCUGUCAAAGGGGUUGGUCCUGUUUAUGCAAUUCCAGCUGCACUGGAAUCUGCUCGUCUUGUCCUAAGUAACAUUGAUUUGUUUGAAAUUAAUGAGGCAUUUGCGUCUCAGUUUGUUUAUUGCUGCAAGAAAUUGGCACUUGAUCCCAAAAAGGUGAAUGUCAAUGGCGGCGCCAUUGCUCUUGGGCAUCCUCUCGGAGCUACGGGUAACAUUCACAUAUGUUACACUUAGAAUUAAUGUAUUUCCGUAU